AUGACUGCAUUUGAGAUCUGGAAUGCUCUAGAAAAUUACUUUACAGCGAGACUAAAGUCAAGGAUAAGAUCACUAAAAGUGCAGCUAAAGGCAAUCAAGAAGCAUGGAUCCACAGUUUCUGAAUACAUUAGCAAGAUGAAUAAGAUUCCUAUGAAAACUAUACAAGAGACUCAUACAGAGGCCAAAGUAGCAGAAGGAGUAGAGGCAGAAGCUUUAGCGGAGGCAGAUCAUAGUGGCAAGGGAACAGAGCUUAAUGUCAGCUUUGUGGAAGAAUGGCUCAUACUAUCUAGCAAUGUUACCAUAGAUUCAACUAAAGUUACCAAAAUCCACAACUUCAACAUUCUAAUCAGUCUGAAAAAAGAAAGAAAAGAGGAAAAGAAAAAGAAUAGCAACAGCUCAACAAGAGAAAAAGAAGAAGUGAUUAAUAACUGCAUCAGUAGUAGCAACAGUACUAGCAGUUUUAAUAAUAAUGGUCAAGGUAGUACUCCUGCUCCUCAAGGCAGUGCUUCUGCUUCUCAAGGCAGUGCUCCUGCUCCUGCUCCUGCUCCUGUUGAAACUUUCACUGCUCCUUCUGCUACUGUAAGCCAAAGAGGAAUGAGAAGGGGGUGCGGUAGAGGAUUAAGAUCUGAAAAUGCUAGGUCUGCUAUACCUAUUGUUGCUGUUUUUCAACCAACUCCACCACUACCUAUACCAGCUCCAACAAGUUUCACAGCUCCACCACUAUCUGCACUAGCUCCAACAAGUUUCACAGCUCCACUACUACCUCAACCAGCUCCACCAUUACCUUUACCAGCUCUAACAAGUGUCAUAGCUGCACUCCACCACUAUCUGCACCAGCACCAACAAGUUUCAUAG